GGAUGUGGACUUCCCUUCUGUAAACUUAAAAAGAGGGAUCACUUUCAUUGCAAUGUCUGUAAUCAGGCCUUUUCCAGCUUUAGUCGUCUAUUGCCUCAUUCGGGUAAACAUUUGGGUGCACCCAAACCGGUGCCCGUAUACCUGUCCGGACGCUCUCCCAGUCCUCUCAGCAAAGAUGAUAAUGAAAGCGAAGAAGAAGAAGAAGAGGACGAAAGCGAUGACAUUUCAUCGGCAAACAUAUCAACACAAUUGCCUUAUUCUACGCCUAAUUUGUAUAGUUUUAUGAAUAAUUGGGUUAACACUCCCUCGUCGUCCACUUCUUCUAACAAUAAUCUAUUGGGUGUUUCGUCGACCAUCACUAGCACUACCCCUCACAUCAAUAUCUCACAUAAAAACAGUGAUAUCUCUGGCCUCAUAUCUUCGACAUCCACUUUAAAAGCGAUUUAAUUGAUAGUCAUUGCCUUAAGAGAAGAAAUUCUAGCGAAGAAAUUACAUCAGAAAUGGCG